AUGCGUCUUGUGGUGUGGUUUUAUCUUGUGACGUUAGUUGCACUGCAAGGUAAUGGAUCAUCGGUGGGAGACCCCAUAGCAACCACAACUACUGAGUCCGUCUCCGAGUCACUAUCUCGCUCACUGCGUCAAUCUGACGGCUCUAACAUUAAGAACUCGGCGACGGAAGAAGAGCGAUUUUUUUCACCGUCCCACUUAGAGAGUGUGGCUAAGGGUCUGAAUAAGGAGGAAAGUCUUAUUUUAAAACGUAUUCGUAAAUCAUAUGUUAAGUUUGUUGCUUGGGCAUACAAAGUUCUCGGCAAGGAAUCGACUCUAUUUAAGAAAGCUCCUACUGUAGAAGAAUUGUUGAAGAGCUCGAAAAAUGGAAAAGUUUCUGCCAAAAGCACCUCCUCCGUUCCGAAAGAUCAGUCUUCCGACACUAGUACCGGCACAAGUACUACAUCUAAGAGUCAACCUCAUGAAACUUCUGGUCAGAAUCAGGAAUUGAACUCUCCUCCAGCUGCCAAUGUUCACGACCCGUCAUCUCCUGCGAAUAGUAACGUUGAGGCUCAUGCGCCAGGACCAGCUGCACUGGAGAACACCGUCCCAACUUCUGUGGAUGCAAACGUCAAAGCUCAUACCUCUGAAGGAGACGCAUUGCCUAAGACUUCUGUAGCACCAAUGACUAAAGUUGGUGAAAAUCAUGCACGAGUACCAGUUGCAUCGGAGAACGCCGUCCCAACUUCUGUGGAUGCAAUCGUCAAAGCUCAUACCUCUGAAGGAGACUCAUCGCCUAAGACUGCAAUCACUAAUGGUGUUGAAAAUCAUGCACCAGUACCAGUUGCAUCGCCGAACAACGUCUGA